AUGUGCGCGUGCGCGUGGCGGCUGCACGCCUUCACCGCCGCGCUCGUGCUCGCCGCGCACCUCAUCAAAGAAAGGAUCCCUUACCAUUUAAAGAAUACAAAAGAUUACAACAAAAGGCUGCUCAAAUUGCAGCAGUUAACGACCACUAUUUUACGAAACUGCACUUUGUGGCUAAAAGGGAUCAAGCGAAAAUACCCCUUAAACGCGUCACGUAAAGGACUAUUGUUGAAGUUUGGUAUUUUACGACGUUCAAUUUGCAAUGGUUGCACUUUGGCUACAAGGCAUCAUUUCAAAAUGUCUCCACUA